AUGAGGAUUAAGAAGAAGCAUGAGUCGGGAGCGGCCACGAAUUACAUCACCAGAACGAAGGCCCUGAAGAAGCUGCAGUUGAAUCUGAAAGAUUUCCGUCGCCUGUGCAUUCUGAAAGGAAUUUAUCCACAUGAACCGCUUCACAAAAAGAAAGUCAACAAAGGAACCACCGAGAAUCGAGUUUAUUACUAUAAAAAGGACAUCAACUUCUUGGCAUCUGAGCCUAUCAUUGAUAAAUUUCGUGAAUACAAGAUUUUUCUACGGCGUUUAACGACCGCAAAAGCAAAACGAGAAGAGGAUCGAGUGAAAAAAUUGUAUGAAAGACGACCCGAAUACGUAUUGGAUAAUAUUGUAAGGGAAAGAUACCCAACAUUUUCGUCGGCACUUCGUGAUCUGGAUGAUGCGUUGUGUUUAUGUUUUGCGUUCGCGACGUUACCGAAUACGAAGAUUCUCAAAACAUCAUUAAUCGCAUCAUGUAGAAGACUUACGGCUGAAUUCAAUAAUUUCAUUAUUGAAUCACAUACACUUACCAAAGCGUUCAUUUCUAUCAAAGGAAUCUAUUACGAGGCGAAUGUAAUGGGUGAACGUGUGACGUGGAUCGUUCCGCAUGAUCGUGGCGUGGGACAUGUGGCUGAAGUGGACUUUUCAGUGAUGGCUACUUUUGCUGAAUUUUAUGUGGCCAUGUUGGGAUUCGUCAAUUAUCGUUUAUAUCAAUCAAUCGGACUGUUCUACCCACCACAAAUCGCCUAUUCAACAUCGAAUGAAAAG